UGGGCCACCGCCAGCAGCCGCUGUAACCUCCCCCUCCCCCGGGGCCGGCGCGUCCCUCCUUUCCCUGCCGGCCGGGCGAGGUGUUUCCCCGCGGGGGCGCGGACCGGCCGCCCGGGGCCCGAGAUGUGACCAUGGACAGCAGGAUCAAGGAAAAUCCAGAAAGUACGUUUGAUUUGGUACUCAAGGUAAAAUGCCAGGCUUCUGAAAAUGAAGAUCCGGUGGUACUGUGGAAGUUCCCGGAGGACUUCGGAGACCAGGAGGUGCUGCAGAGUGUGCCGAAGUUCUGCUUUCCUUUUGACAUUGAAAGGGUGUCCCAAAAUCAAGUAGGACAGCACUUUACCUUUGUGCUUACAGACAUUGAAAGUAAGCAAAAGUUUGGAUUUUGCCGGUUAACAUCAGGAGGCAAAAUCUGCCUCUGUAUUGUAAGUUACCUGCCAUGGUUUGAGGUAUACUACAAGUUGUUAAAUACUCUGGCAGAUUAUUUGGCUAAAGAACAGGAAAAUGACUUGAAUGAUAUGUUAAAAUCACUGUAUAGCCACCCUGUGCCAAAGGCAAACACUCCUGUCAGUUUAAACGUGCAUUCGUACUUCAUUACUCCUGAUCUAACUGGAUUGCCAACAAUCCCAGAAAGUAGAAAUCUUACUGAAUAUUUUGUUGCUGUGGAUGUGAACAACAUGAUGCAACUUUAUGCCAGUAUGUUGCAUGAGAGACGAAUCAUUAUUACCUCUAGCAAACUAAGCACUUUAACUGCUUGUGUUCAUGGGUCAGCUGCAUUGUUAUAUCCAAUGUAUUGGCAACACAUAUACAUCCCAGUGCUUCCUCCACACCUUCUGGACUACUGCUGUGCACCGAUGCCAUAUCUAAUUGGAGUCCACUUAAGCUUAAUAGAAAGAGUAAAAAAUAGAUCACUGGAGGAUGUGGUUAUGCUAAAUGUUGACACAAACACUCUAGAAAACCCAUUUAAUGACCUGAACAACCUACCUAGUGAAGUGGUCUCAGCCUUGAAAAAUAAACUGAAGAAGCAGUCUACAGCUACGGGUGAUGGAGUAGCUAGGGCCUUCCUUAGGACACAGGCAGCAUUGUUUGGAUCCUACAGAGAUGCACUAAGAUACAAACCUGGAGAGCCUAUCACUUUCUGUGAGGACAGUUUUGUGAAGCAUCGUUCCAGUACUACCAAACAGUUCCUGGAAACUGCAGUGAAUCUUCAACUUUUUAAACAGUUUAUUGAUGGUCGACUAGCAAAGCUAAAUGCAGGAAGGGGGUUCUCGGAUGCUUUUGAAGAAGAGAUCACUUCUGGAGGCUUCUGUAGAGGAAAUUCAAGAUCUUAUCAGCAGUGGGUGCAUACAGUAAAGAAAGGAGGUGCACUAAUCAACACAGCUAUGACCAAAGCCAGCCCUGCUGUGAAGACAGCAUACAAAUUUGCAAAAAGUCAUGCAAAGCAGGGAAUGAAAGAAGUGAGGAGUAAGUUAAAACACAAGGAGAGUGAUGAAGAAUAUGGAACUUGUAGCUCUGGUGUACUACAGUGUGCGCCAGUGUACACCUUACACAAUCAGAAAAGAGGAAACUCAGAAAAACGAAGACUUGCCCAGACGCGUUUCAACCAACACCUUACCAAUGUCAGCAAUCAUGAUUCUGCCCUGGAUGAUGAUGACGAUGAUGAAAUGGACAGAACAAGCAAGUUAUCGUCUGAAGACAGCGAGGAAGCUUCCGCUUAUUUUUAUGAUAGUGAUGAUUCUGGUGAAACAGGAGUAAAGUCUUAUCACACAGGAGAAAUGGACUUGCUGGGAGAGAUUUUGGACACGCUGAGCACACACAGUUCAGAUCAAGGAAAGCUCUCAGGAGCAAAGAGCCUGGAUUUCUUUAGAUCAACGGACGAUAUUGAUUAUAAGGCUAUGAACAAGUCUAGUGCACCUAGCGAGAGCAACCUCGCUCUGCUCUGUAGUGGUACUAAUGAUCCAGUGGAGUGGAAUCUUGGUCAGGAUGAUAGUGUUCUCCAGGGGAAACAGCUCCCUCCAUCUCCAAGAAAGCAAGUUGAUUUUAGUGACCAGAUGGAAUCUGUCUCUGUGCUGCAGGAGGAAAAUAGUGACAAAAUCCUUAGUGCUGACCAUGUGGAUUUCUCUAAAGAUUUUGUAACGUCAACUUCUCCAACACAAUCAGUUGCACAGCUUGCUUCUCUGGAAUUUUCCCAAGUAGAUGACUCCUUCCAUAGGAAGAUAAAACCGAAUGAAACACUAAGCAAUACCUCAGAGGAUCAGUUCCCAGUGAACCUUUGUCAACAUCCAUCCAUUCUAAUUCCUUGGCAAAAAGAAGGGGAUGAAGGAAAGGAAACCCCAGAAGAAAGCGGGCUUCUUCAUGAAGUUGUGUCAUUAUGUAAAAUGACCUCUGCUUUCCACCACAGUUUAAACAUUUCAGAGGAUAAUUACCCCAGUAAUAGCAGUGGAAAUAAAGUGUAAGGGAACUUUGAGAGGAGAAACUACUUCCAUGAGAGGUUAAAGAGAGACUACUCAGGAGUCCACGUAAUACAUGAUAACCAAAAGAUCACAAAGGAAUAAUUACUUUUACAUUUUAAAAUACUUCUGUUUGUUUAGUACAUGGAUUUAGAUAUCUGCUUAUAUGUUUCUCAGUUAAUUUCUUGGCUGUGUUUAAGUCCACAAGAUGGAACUAAAUAUACUAAUGCACUCUUAAAUCAGGUACUAGUUUGUAUGUAUGUGAAAUAUACAACUGGUGCAUGGUGCUUACUAAUGUUCCUUUGUGCAGCAGGAAGUGUAUCGCCUUUGCAUAUAUCCAGAUACUGAAGGUACUGUAUUAAUCCUGUUGGGCAUGAAAUGAACAAAAACAGUUUAGAUUUGUCUGAAACUUACAAAUAUCGAUGUUUGUAAUGAUUUAAUUGCCUUAAUCAUUUGGGAAAAGGUUUAAAUAUCUUAGAAGAUGACUUGCAAACGUUCAGAAGAGCAAUAAUGAUUUUCCAUGGCAGGUAUCUGCUUGAGCAAAGGGGAAAAAGACCUUUUCUAAACUAAAGGAUCUCUUGUGACUAAUAGGGAGCUUGUUAUAAACAGAAACUGUGGCCAUGUCUUCCAGACCUUGAAAAGGCGGUGCAUACUUUUCUCUUAUGAAGUGCUGAAUUAUAAUGUGAAGUUACUUAACUUCUGUUUACCACUAAGGCACUUUAAAGACAUAUUAUCCAGUGUCUCAAUGUAGAUGUUUUCAUCUAGGAAUUUUCAGAAAGGAAAGUGUACGUGAAAUUGAUAGAUUUUAUUGCUGUUUUUUAAAUUUCUACAGUGUAAUCAUUCUGUACUAAAAUUAAUUUGUGCCACUGCUGAACAUGACCAUUUGAUUUUUACAAGCCACCUUUAAAAGAAACAUUACAUUAUUGCUUUUCUUCUUAGGAGUUUUGUUUAGUUGAGCUGUGCAGUAUUUUAAAGAGCAGUGAAUGAAGAUUACUUAUAACACUAGACAUCAAAAGUAAUUGGUUCAGGAAUUAAGAAUGCAAAUACCCCACUCUCAUGUACCAGAGAAGCGUUUUGCAAUUACAAGGAAGGGAAUUAAAUGGAUGCUGUAUGUACUAUAUUUAGGCAUAAAUGUUUACCCCCCUUCGAGCACGUGGCAUUCCUAAAGGAUAUUUCUGUAUUUAAAAUUCAAAAAGUAGAUUCCUCCCUGAGUGGAGCACAUCUAUUCAUUGUCCUUGUCCACCCCGCUUUGUCCCAUACCCUCUAUGGAUCAGAACGAGUACAUUCUGGGGUGAACCACACUAGGCCAAAAAUGGCAACUUUGAAUACUGUCUAUUGGCAUAUGUAACACAAAGCAAGGAGUAACAGGAUUUGUCAUUGCGAGGAAUGCUCUCCCACUCUUCCUCACCAACAGCAGGAUCUUCUUCUGUGGCAAGGACGGCUUAGUGGUAUCCUCAGCACAGACCAAGGAGAGCAAGUUGAAGAAGUCAGGGGUUAGGGGCAGGUUGGGCUGCAGUGACUUUGGUAGUGGAUCACUGCACAGGUUAACACCAGUUGUCACGUUUGGGUUUACAAAGGAAGUUUCCUCUUGGCUAAUGCGAUUUGGCUUUUCUUUUCCCAUUUUAUCACCAUGGGCAUCAGGCAAUUGGUUAUGUCAGGUGGCUCAAGGGAAUUGGUGUGUGAUCCCUUUGGGGAGGUUGGGGGGCGGUGGCUGAUGCUCUGCCCAUGAGAUCUAGUGUCUAAUACUAUCUUGUCAUUUCACAUAACUUUGUUGGCAACAUCCCUGGCAUUGUAAAAGAAGGUCUUGUAUCCCAAACUACAGACUCCGGAUGGGUGAAAAGGAGCGGGGAGGCAGAUUUUAGCAACACCACUGGUGAGGAUGGGCCGCAUGACUGGGUAAUGGUAUGAGGCCCCUUCACCAAAGUGCCCCGUUUUACGUGCAAGGGAAAGGGUCAGGUUGUGGACUCACAAUUCAUAAUACAAUGUCCUUGGCUGAUUAGAACAUGAAAGUUUUUAUAGGUGUGUUCAGUAUAUGUUUCUGAAGAGGACCUCAGCAGCUUAUUGGUGCUGAGGAUGAUUGUAAGAUUUGCAUCCUGAUCUGUCUUAGGGUUUUCUGUAGUACCUAUCACCAUAAUAUCUGAGAUGCAAGUGGAGUCUUUAUUUGUGUUAUCCCAAAAAGUGGCACUUGGCAAAACUGUGUUUGAGUUACUGAGGACCAAAAUUAUUAUUAACCCAUAAACUAUUAAACAUUUUAGCUGGGUUAUCAGAUAUCAAGAAAUAGGAAGUGUCAGGUCUGAACAAUGUUUAAAUGGGGGAGCUCGAAGGAAAACACAAGAUGUUGCAGGAGGUUGUACAGGGAAUCUGGAAGUGGCAUUUGUCUUUGUUGGUCCUGAAUCAGUACCCAAGUAGGUUAUGCUGUGCUGUUAGGUGCAUUUAGGAUAAGACGGGAAAAAGAAAAGUCCUAGCAAUCUCUUAGCACUUCUCGUUUGAUUGUUACUCUGAUAACACUAGAAAAAUGAAAUGUUCAGUUGCAUUCUUAUUUAUAUAACUGCAUUUUGCUAACCUUAAUUCCCAGAUUCAUCUGAAUACAGUAUUCUUUUCCUGUUGUGUGGUGGUCCUGUGUACAGUCCCACUCUUGAGAAGGCUGCUUUCCUUUGUAGGUUUAACAGGGUUGCCACUCUCUGGUAGUGUGCCUCCUUGCAUAUAGGUCAGGGAAAGUCGCUCUUGCUGCAUCGGGUGCCCCCUUGCUGCUCAUCGCUUGCUCUGCAAUAGCCCUUCUUCAAGUAACUUGGCCCUCCAGCUAGGUUACCAUUUAGUCCACCCCUCCCGGUGGACUUACAAAGUCCAACAGGACAACUGCCCAAAUGCUGUUGCCAGAUGCAUUCAGCCCUCCUUGGGCUCUGUGCCACUAUACCAGUGGCAGGCAGGGAAACCCGGACCCACCUGUUAUACCAGGUUCCAGCUCAGGGACCUUAUAACCAGCAAUCCAGGUCCUCAUUCCCAUUCCCUGGCACUGUUUCCCCAGUCUCCUUCCUACCAAGCCUCCGUAUCUUCUCUUUCCUGGUUCUCAGUUUACUACUGGAGCCUACUGUACUUCCCGUGGCUACUUCACCCCUCCUAGCCUCUUGCCAGACUCCUUACACCAGGAAAGGAUC